AGAUAGCCGAUUGUGAGAUAGCGUGAGCCAGCUACCGUGCGACGGACUGCCCGUCAGUCUGGUCUUCGCGAUGCAAGCACUGGCGGCCUUCGUCCUGGCUUCGGCCCUUCUGGGUGCGAUCGGCCCCGCCCUCGUCUGCGGCGCCGGGGUGCGGGAGACUGGCCCUGGGCACCUCACUUCCAUCGUCGAGAUCAUUGAAUCAUUUCCGUUAGGCAUCGAACCCACUCACAGAGCAUCGGGGGUGCUGAUCACCCCCAAAUACGUCCUCUCCACCAAGGAAGCCGCGGGGAAGCCUGGCAUUACCAAGCGGCGCCAUGUGGUGGUGGGCCGCAGCGCUGGCGGCGAAGGCGUCGCGGUGGAAAUCGACUACAAAGCCAGCCCGGAGCACCCCGACGGCCUCAUCCUGCUCAAGCUCCAGGAGGACGUGAACCUGGACGCCGUGACCAAGGCGGCCAACCUGCCGCACGGGAACACCGACAACACGGGGGCGAGUGCGCUGCUGGCCAGCUGGGGCAGCACCAAGGACAAGCUCCAGUCCUCCACCGUCAACGUCCUGACCAAGGCCGAGUGCGUCAAGAAGGGCGUCAAGGAGGGCCUGCUCUGCUCCGCCGAUAAGGGCAAGGGGGCCUGUGGGGGCGACGAGGGGAGCCCCAUCGUCCAGGACCUCAAGAACGGCGUGUACAAGCUGGUGGGCAUCGUGACUGGCGCCCAGGACGUCAAGACGUGCCUGGAGACCACCGCCUACUUCGACGUGGCCAAGUACUCCUCGUGGAUCCUGGACAAGGUGUACGGAUAGGCCGCGUCGCUCAACGUCAAAAGGUUCAAAGGGCUGUGUUUAUCAAUGAAGGUUCUGUAAAUGAGAGAGGUGAAUAAAACUAUGGCUAGCUCA